AUGUCUGGAAAACCACCUGUACCCAGGCUACCUCCUUUGCCCAGGCUGAAGGUGAAAAAACCGAUCAUUCAACAAGAAACUAACAAAUGUUUGGUGCUCAUGUCAAAUUUACUGCAAUGCUGGUCGUCCAACGGCCACAUGAGUCCUGUGUGUGAGAAUCUUGUUAAGGACCUGAAGUUGUGCUCUUCUGAGAAUGCAAGUGGCAAAAAUUCUGGUGUCCAAAAGAGCAGCAUCAAUUAUCAUGCUGCGAGACUUUACGACCGGGUUUCUGGUAAACCUCACGAUUGA